CCCGGACCGCCAUGGGGACCCUGCGGGACCUGCAGUACGCCCUGCAGGAGAAGAUCGAGGAGCUGCGGCAGCGCGACGCGCUGAUCGACGAGCUGGAGCUGGAGCUGGACCAGAAGGACGAGCUGAUCCAGCGGCUGCAGACCGAGCUCGACAAGUACCGGUCGGUGCUGCGGCCCGCCACCGCCCAGCAGCAAGGCAUCGGCCUGCAGCCGGACCAGCACCGCAGCAAGCGGCACGCCAUCUCCGCCGAGCCCACCGCCUGCAACAUCACCGAGCUGAGCCACGUCAGCCUGGCCUUCCACCCCAAGAGCCCGCAGUCGAAGGAGCUGAUCAAGGCGGCCAUCUUGGACAACGACUUCAUGAGGAACCUGGAGCUCUCCCAGAUCCAGGAGGUGGUGGACUGCAUGCACCCAGUGCAUUAUGGGAAGGACGCCUGCAUCAUCGCCGAGGGCGACGUCGGCUCGCUGGUCUACGUCAUGGAAGAUUCCUCCUGUCCUCCGUCCUCGGGGACGGGACGCUGA